CUUGCCUAUCGCCUUACGUUCAUCCAUGUGAGAUUCCUCCCGUCACGCCCGUUACAAAGAUUACCCUGCUCGACCUGUCCGAUCCUGGUGGUAUUGAAACAGCGCUUACCAGCCCGAAACUCGGCGGAAGGAACCUUUUCCGCCCAACCACAAUGCCCGGACCCUGUCUGCCAUUCGAUAAUGCCAGACCAGACCGAGGAAGGCGACCCAACCACGCAAAAGAACCAAGCUGAACCAAAGCACCGAUUUGUGGCUGCACGGCCCGACUCGACCCAGGCGAGACGCGAGGCUAAAGCAUUAAUUCGAGCCCACGCUUCACGCGCAUCCUGGGCCAAGAUCAGGCAGGGCAAACAGUCGAGGCAGGAGGGCACUUCUCAGGCUGGCCCAAGUCAGGCCCCGGGCGUGCAGCAAACCCGUCAAGUCGAUACGGCGCUAGUAUCGCACUCAAAUGACGAGCAGGACAAUGACACCCGCUUAGGGCGAGCUGGUCCCUCAUGCCCUCGACAAGUUGUGCCAUCUAGAAGGCAGACCAUCCUCGCGUCGUGCCCUGUCCCCAAUCCUCUCCGUACAGUAGGUGCGGGGGAUGUUGAUCCAUUUGCGAGCUAUCCAUCGCGGCUGCCGAAAGAGAUAGCUACUCCUAUUAUUGCCCAAGGUAAGCCAGCACGAACAUCGCCCAAUAUCUUGGCUGCAGCAUGAAACGUGCGACCCAGUGGCGGAGAGACCCUUGAUCUGAUUUUGCAUGCUCUUGACAGUUAACCACUUCUUCAAUACCAUGUUUCUACCGGAUCCAGAUCGCAUGGAAGAAAGUGUCGCACGCCAUUGGAUAUCCUGGUACAUGAGUGACAGCAUCUUGUUCCACGCCCUUUGCUUCAGCCAAUUAGCCCGGCUGUCGGUCACCGAGGCUUCUGGCCUCAAUCCAAUUAGUCAGAGGGCAAGGUGGUACUGCUACUCCGUGGUGGUGGGAGAGGUCAAUAGACGAUUCAAUAAUGUCUCCACUCGAUGUUCCGACGAGAGUAUUCUUGCCGUGCAGGCAUUGGCGUUUCAUGGUGACAGGACAGCACACGACAGCGAACCACCAGGGUCACUCUCGCAGGGUCCAAUGAGUGCAUUGCAGGGCCUGGAUCUGUACGCAGGUCGACUAGAUCCCGUGAACAUGCACGUCCAUGGGUUGGCAAAGAUGCUGGCCAUGCGGGGGGGUAUCGAGGAGAUUCGGUUCCCCGGGCUGGCGGCAAUGCUCAGCUAUGGGGAUCUGAUUCUGGCAUCCCGAUCGCUGCAGAAACCGACCUUGCCCUUUGUGCCAAUCGGCGAGUCUCCGGAACGCACCCUAGCCACCAUCCAAAGGCGAGGGCAUCCUCUAGCUCAGCUCGGCUCAGGAUUUCAGACACUGUACGAUGUCCUGCCGUCGGAACUGGCCCAAGAACUCUGCUUUGUUCUCUCACACCUUUCGACAUACCUGCUGGCGGUAGAAGACUACAUCAUGGGUAGACCGCAAGCUCAAAGCAUGUUGCUUCUAGCCGACCAGAGGAACUUUAUCCAGCACCGCUUAAUGUCGAUGUUCUCGAGUCCCAGGGACAGCACGUCCGCAGACGAAAUGUACUCCCUUCAACAGGCCGCCUGGUGCGCAGGGGUCGUGUACAGCCUCAUCAGCGUCUUUCCAAUCCCUCCUGCGCGAGGACCCUUCGCGAAGCUCGCCGCACGGAUCAAGCAGCAUCUGAUAUCCACGUCGAGCAGCCACGACGGUAAGAAAUGGCGGAAGGGCGCGUCGCUGAUGCUGUGGAUCACGUUCAUGGGCGCGCUGGCAUCCACGGCCGACCAGCGCAGCGAGGCCGAGAAGACGUGGUACAUUUCCGUUCUCGAGCGACUCGUGCACAGGAUGCAGAUAUUGAGCUGGCAGAGUCUGAGGGCCCAGUUGCUCAAUUUCCUGUGGUUUCCCAGCACGAGUGACACCGACGGACAGCAGUUAUGGAGGGAGAUACACACUUCGAAUCCUUUCAGGUAGAGCGGGGAUUAUCCAUUGAGAGGAGGUUCAAAAAUGACGGCCAAGGAGGAAGAAAGACAGAGGAACAGGUAUACAUGCGCACGACCCGGCCGUGUUACUAACCUUCAAUUCGAGGGAGAAGAAACAAAAAGAGACGGCCCAGUUGUAUCUAUCAUUGUAUCCGAGGCAUCGCAGGGAGAUUUAUCUCCAACAUGUCUUCUGGGCGAUCGGAGAGGAACGGUGCUUGAUAUAUCACGUCACCUCCAACACCAUACGCCCUUAUAUCCAACCAGAACCUCCGGAACCCUUGGCACGGCGGCAACUAGCACAGCAUACCAGCCUUGCUCACGGAUCCGUCAUUGUGUCCCUCUCUCUCCCUCCGUCCGUCUCGGGGCAGACAACAUGGAAGAUAAGACAAAGGGACUUGGGGCGAUAUGAGAUGCAGAGUCCUUGUUCUUUGGCCACUUUUGAAAGGCAUCGUCCCGCCCCUCGCCCCGACCCACAGUCUGAGGGUGGGGAUGAAGAUAAAGGACGUCAGAGGUGUACACAUGGGCCGCCCGAUCGACCGAUCAAGCAUUCUCGAGAAGGAGUCGCGCACCGUGCACUGCAGUUGCUGCCACUAUUGGCUUGCGUGAAUGUCCCAGCUAGGUAUGUGCGAGGCACAUCUUCCAACGGCGGAGUGAAGCGAGGAGUUGACAGACUCACUUUUCUGGCUGACGUUUCCCAGGGUGGAUCUUGGAUUUUUUCUCAGAAGCAUUUCUGCUGUUUUGAUGCUCCUUUAUAGCCUGCUGUGCUGUGCUAUGAUACGCUAUGCUAUGCUAGCUAUACCCUGCUAUGCGAUCUGCGUCAUCUAUUCUAUGUCAUGGCCAUGGACGGUGCUAUGCAGCUAUCAUGCGACAUAAAACGCACUGUGCUGCCCCCGCCACGCCAUGCCGAUUCUGUUCGCCCUGGUUUCCCUUAAUUCGCAUAUCAAACGCGCCAUCCGCAGUGCACCACACAAAAGAAAAGGCCGUUUCAGCCGCUUGACUCGUUCAUUCAUCCAAUCCCCUCUCAAAUUCCAGUUCAAACACAGCAGCACGGGCGACGACCCCGUGGUCAUCUCCUCACCUCACCUCGCCCGUGCCGGGGGCGCCGUUGGUAUUGUCCGCCGCCCCGGGGGCAAAGCGGCCCAUAGUGCCG